CACCGGGGCGGCAAUGGCGGCGGCGGCGCCUGCGCGCGGUGCCCUCCGUGCGGACCGCGCAGAGUGAAUAAUAAAGGUCUCCUCGGCGGUAGCGGCGGCGGCGGGAGCGGAAGGCAGGAGGCAUGUCCAAGGGCCCGGUGGCGAGCGGCUCCGCCGCGGCCGGGCCGGCGAGCGCCGCCAGCGCGCUGCAGGCGCAGCCCGAGAAGCCGCAGCACUACACUUACCUGAAGGAGUUCCGCACGGAGCAGUGCCCUCUUUUCGUGCAGCACAAGUGCACUCAGCACCGGCCCUACACUUGCUUCCACUGGCACUUUGUCAACCAGCGUCGUCGCAGAUCUAUCCGCCGCCGGGAUGGUACAUUUAACUACAGCCCUGACAUUUACUGUACCAAGUAUGACGAGACCACAGGAAUCUGCCCAGAAGGAGAUGAGUGUCCCUUCUUGCAUAGAACUACUGGAGACACGGAGAGAAGGUAUCACUUGCGCUACUACAAAACUGGAAUCUGCAUUCAUGAGACAGACUCCAAGGGAAACUGCACGAAGAACGGAGUCCACUGUGCGUUCGCACAUGGGCCCCAUGACUUACGCUCUCCGGUGUAUGACAUCAGGGAGCUUCAGGCGAUGGAGGCUUUGCAGAAUGGUCAGACUACAUCAGAAGGUGGCAUAGAGGGUCAGUCUGCAGUUGCUGCUAGCCAUGCUAUGAUAGAGAAAAUACUCAGUGAGGAGCCAAGGUGGCAAGAUACAACAUAUGUGUUGGGAAAUUACAAGACAGAGCAAUGUAAGAAACCCCCCCGUCUCUGUCGCCAGGGUUAUGCCUGUCCCUACUACCACAAUAGCAAAGACAGAAGAAGAAGCCCAAGAAAACACAAAUACAGAUCUUCACCAUGUCCCAGUGUGAAACAUGGAGACGAGUGGGGAGAUCCCAGUAAGUGUGAAAAUGGAGACUCAUGUCAAUACUGCCACACUCGCACAGAACAGCAGUUCCAUCCAGAGAUCUACAGAUCCACCAAGUGCAAUGAUAUGCAGCAGUCUGGCAGCUGUCCCCGAGGACCCUUCUGUGCCUUUGCACAUGUAGAACAGCCUGCGCUCAGUGAAGAUUUACAGCAAUCCUCGGCUGUGUCUAGCCCGACACAGACAGGCCCUGUGAUGUAUAUGCCAUCAGCAGCUGGUGAUUCUGUUCCAGUCAGCCCUUCCAGUCCACAUGCCCCAGACCUUAGCAAUGUGUGGAAUAAAUCAGGAACUCUGCCAACUAGCCCCACCUCCACCACAAUUCUUUGUAGGAACAGCAGUCUCGGAAGCCCAUCUAAUAUAUGUGGGUCUCCUCCUGGCGCCAUUGGAAAGCCACACAGCUUGGAGACCAUUGGUUUUCCUCCAGACUCAGUAACAGCAGCCGGCAGCUACAAGAAAGCGCCUGGGUUUGAGCGAGAAGAUCAGGUGGGGGCCGAGUAUUUGAAGAGUUUCAAAUGCCAGCAAGCAAAAAUGAAGUCCCACUCAUUGGAACACAGGAGCCAGGAGCAACCUUUGUUACAGCCCAAACAGGACAUACUGGGUAUUCUCCCAGUGGGGAGCCCACUGACAUCCAGCAUCUCCUCUAGUAUCACCUCCAGUCUGGCUGCAACACCACCAAGCCCUGCCGGCACCAGCAGCAUACCAGGCAUGAAUGCCAAUGCCCUUCCUUUCUACCCAACCAGUGACACCGUUGAGUCUGUCAUAGAGUCUGCCUUGGAUGACCUGGACCUGAAUGAAUUCGGAGUGGCUGCCCUGGAGAAGACAUUUGACAGCAGCACAGUGCCCCACACGAGUGGCAUCAUGAUAGGUGGGAGUUUGCUGCAAAGUUCUGCUCCUGUAAAUAUCCCCGGGUCCCUUGGAAGCUCUGCCUCCUUUCACUCUGCCUCUCCUUCUCCACCGGUCAGCCUCUCAUCGCAUUUCCUCCAUCAGCCCCAGGGACACUUAAGCCAAUCAGAAAACACGUUCCUGGGGACAUCAGCUUCUCAUGGAUCAUUAGGUUUAAAUGGGAUGAACAGCAGCAUAUGGGAACACUUUGCUUCGGGGAGUUUUUCGCCCAGUACCUCACCUGCAUUUCUGUCAGGUCCAGGUGCUGCGGAGCUGGCACGGCUACGACAAGAACUGGAUGAAGCCAAUGGCACAAUAAAGCAGUGGGAAGAGUCUUGGAAACAAGCCAAACAGGCUUGUGAUGCUUGGAAAAAGGAGGCAGAGGAAGCAAAUGAUCGUGCCAACACAGCUAACAUGGAAUGUGAACUGGCCCGGGAGCAGAGGGAAGCCUUGGAGCUGCAAGUGAAGAAACUGCAGGAGGAGCUGGAGAGGAUCCACGCAGGCCAGGACCCUCAGUUUCUGCGCUCCUUCUCUGACCUGGAAACCCUCUCGCUCUCUUCACUUUACACCCUUCAGAAACAGCUGCGGGCAAACCUGGAGAAAGUCGAUAAGGCGGUAUUUCAGAUGCAGUCAGUGAAAUGCCUUAAGUGUCAGGAGGAGAACCGGGUGGUGUUACCGUGCCAACACGCAGUGCUGUGUGAAACGUGCGCCGAGGAGGGCGAGUGCCCCAUCUGCCAUCCCAACAGGCCCCAUUCUCUCCAGUCGUGACCUUCCAAGGACACUUGUUCUAAUCAUAUCGUAUAGGACUUUUUAACUUUAUACAUACGUACAUAUAUAUGUAUGUGUACAUAUAUAUAUGUAUGUGGAUAUAUGUAUAUAUGUGUGUGUAUGUGCCUGUUUGUGUAUGUGUAUAGAUGCACACACACGCACAUACACACAUAAAACAAAAAUUAGUUGCAGAGCACUUUUUAAUAUUUUACAUCCCGUAUCUAAACUGCCCCUCACCCGUGCCCCACUAAUUCUAACUCUUGAGGAACUUUGAGAGCUGUUUUUAAUACAGAUCAAAGGGCCAUUUGCAAAGAGUCUGUGUUUCUCCUCUUUUCUAUUUAGGUGAUAACAAAUUUUUGACUAUUUCCAGAAGGAUUUAGAGUGGGCAAGAGGGGCUUCCAUGUGCUUUCCAGAGGAAGAGUUGAGAUCACAGGGAGGAUCGAGGUGGAUUGAAAUGACUUGUUCAUGUCUUCGGUCUCCCUGCUCUUUCACUGACCCAGCUUGGUUAAAGCCGUCCUCCCUGAUGGAAGCUCCGCUGGGGGCCUGCCUGGUGGGCCUCACGUUGCCGAUCUCUGAAUGUGCAGGAACUUUGUCUGUCAUUUAAUCAGCGAAGUUCGCUUUUUAAAUUUUUUUUACACUCUUUGUAUAUUUCUAUGAAAAGAAGAAAAAAAAGGGGGGGGGGGGAAGUAUUGGACCUAGAGCAAGCCAGGCCCCAAAAUUCAGUGACUGCUGUUCACUGCUGAUUCAGCUAACAUGUUCCAGGUCUGAGCAGCCUUAGAAGUAUUGCCCUUGUGUGGGAUAAAGCCCUUUAUGAAGGAAUAUGGAUGCGCAGGUUACUUGUCUCCAGGCACUGGAGUCUGUCUCUGUCUAGAGACUUUUUACUGUUUCAGACCAGAUUAAUUUUCUUUUAGCCACAGGGACCCAUUUCAUAGUCACCGCUGAAACGCAUGAAACUAUUCCGGGUAGUCAGGAUGCUUUUAUUGAACAGAGUUGAUGUUUCCUGUGUCAGCACCUGAAGGAUGGAUUAUGGACCGCUGGGUCCAGAAGCCCUCAUGCUUUGUGAUCACAUAUGCCAGCGUGACAAAGAAAUGCCACCAGCUUAGACCUUACCAGUAGCUGAGCUUUCCUGUGACUUUACCAGUGUGUCCAUUGGAUUUUUACAUCAGGUGGAUUGCAGUAACCUGCUGGGAUCUCAACCAAAAGGCCACUCAGUUGACUAAACACUUUUAUUUUGCACAGGGAUGCUGCCUGUGCUACCUCUCCCUCACCUGGAAAAGCACUGGAACCUCCAGCAGCCCACUGUUGUAGGAAAACUGAAUUUUUACCAGAGCCUCUCAGAAAGCUUCAUAUUUAAUGCAAAGACAUAAUUAGGUUUGCUUCCAUAAUUCCACCUUUCCUUUACAUGGAAGGGGUUAAUAUGCAUUCCCAGAUGAUCUCUUAAGUGCAGCUCUGUGUAGUUCUUUUUUAUGUUUUUCCCAUUAACUUGUUUUUGGGUUUUUUUGGUAAAAAUGCUUUUUUUUCCAUGUGUAUUUUAUUGUAACUAGCAUCAGUUUUUUAAUUUUUUUUUUUUAUGGAGAGACACUGUUGAGUGAUUAUUGUGGCUAUGUUGUUUGGUUAUAGCCUUUGAAUGUCUGUGCCAUGGGGCAGCACAUCUGCCUUGGUCUGAUUUUAAGGAAAGACCUUUUAUUGAAAUACAUGAACAUUUCUUUUUUUAGGAAAGAAAAAAAUAAAAAGAAGUGGGGAGAGGAGGAAAAAGCCCAAUUAAGAUAAAAAUUUACUAAAAAGUUUUUGUAACUAACUUAAAUCAUAGGAAAUAAACUCUUGAAUCAGGUCUUUAAUAUUUAUAAGAAGCAGAGCUGAGCAGCCUGUUUUGGCUGUUGGUUUGUAACACUUUUUAUUAGCGGGGUGGUGUAUCUGUUCUCCUGCCUCCCUGUGGGACUGUUCAGGGUGACGCUGCCUUUGGCCAACCCUCUUUCCCCCCCCCCCCCCCCCCCGAACUGUCCAGCACCCAGCUGCGUGACUGCAUCUGCUUCCCACAGGGGCUCUUCGCUUUGUCCCUUCUCUUCAGAUGAAACUUGCCCGCUGGUGGCAGCUCUGCCUGUCGCAGUGGGACUUCCACUUGCGCUGUGAUGCAGGGCUGGUGGGUCUAGGGGGGAAGAGAUAUUUUUUGCCCGCCACUUCUGUGGGGGCACGUGGCUUAGGCAGGGGGGUACCAGGAAAAUUCCAGGCCAGAGAAAGCACGUUUUUCCCUUUUGAGUAAAACAGCUUCUCUGUUUUAAAACUUAUACUGAAGGACCAAAGACUUCAAAACUUCCCUCAUUUGUGGCCCUUAAAAUUUACCUUUCCCUUGCCACACUGCACUCACGGCAGAACAGCCUGAAGGAAUUAGCACUAGCCCCUUCCCUUGCCCCCGCCCCAACCUAUCUCAGCACUCUCUUUGCACAAGCACAUAGACUGUUUCUCGCUUUCCUCUGGUUCUUUAGGAAAUACUUCCUAAAUUUAGGUUUCUAUGAAUUUGUUUGCUGCUUUUUUUUUUUUUUUUGAAAAGAAAGAACUAUCUGAAAUGUGAAUUAUUUUCUUAAGCAUCAGAUGGAAAAGAGAACUUCAUCUUUGCAUAUUUUGUGAAUGUUUUGGGGGGCCACUUAUGUGACAAUUUCAUAACCGAGUGAGGGGAGAGCAGGAGGAAAGGGCAGCGUUUCUGACCCACUCCAGCAGUUGUUACUGCCUGCCCCAGGCAGGAAGGAUGAACUGUAAUCACAGCACUGCAUUUAAGGCUUAAGAGUCUGUGGUCACCUUCUGUAUGGUGUAAAAAGAGUCUUGUUGAAAUAAAUCUGGUGCUAAUAUGUACAGCCCCUCUAAUGUACUGUCACGCUUCCUUCUGAAGCAGGAACUCCCUUUUACAGGACACGCAGUAAUGCGUCAGAACUAAGGGGGCUUUUUUUGGCUGAGUCACGCUUCAAAACGAAGUUUUUAGUCUGCAAGGCUUCUUGAUGAGCAGCCCAGCUGGCUGUUGCUGAGCAGCCCUGAACACGUCUGGGUCCUGCCUCUUCACACAGACUCCUUAUUGGAUAAUGACGUUUUCCUCCCAAAAUUUUUGGGAGCUUGAGAAGUGUUGACCUCAGUGAUUAAUUGUGCAGGUCGGACACUUCUGAAUUAAGAGCUGGGGGAAGGGAGUCCUGAUUGUGUUGUGAAACCAUAGUAUCUUAAAGGUCAAUAAACUUUUACAUUAUUAUGGAAAAACAAUAUAGAAGCAGAUGGCUUAAGACAACACUAUCCUGGGUAGAUAGAUAGCAAAAAGCAAGGCUAGAGCUGUAGAUGAUAGCCAGGAGCUGAAGAAUUUUGGUGUCGCUUUGGGCUAACAGGACCACUUUUAGAUCAUCUCUGGCCUUAGAUGAUGUAAGCCGCAUGCCAGCUGUGGCAAAGAGACGGUGGCACGGGAGGGACCGGGGGAAAGUCUGAGCUGGAGCACAACAUUUUCCUUAAGCAGACUCCCCCCCCACGAAGGGAAGUCGCUGCAGCUGAUCCCCUGCCGAAGGGUUUUAUACUUUCUGUACAUCUCUGAAGCUGAACCUGAGCCACUUGCAAGGCUUGUGCAGCUGAGACAAUGAAGAGAAAUCCUUACCCUGUGAGGAAGCCCGUAACGCUGAACGGACUCAGUAAUUCAUUGCUGUUCCACCAGCCUCCGAACCUCCUCUCUUUCUCCUUUUCCCCCACCUGAGAAGGAAGAAUAUUACCAGUGUUUUCCUCCAGAAUUAUAAUAAUCCUUGGAGUGAUGGCCAACAGCAAAAUAGAUGUUACUGAUGUAAAACCUAGUAUUUUAAAGGUGAAGUAUUCCUGCAAACUAGUGACUGCAUCGGAGAGAUUUCUGGGGCUUCCCCACUCCGUAGCUUCCAAUGUUAAAACAAAAUAAAUACAGUAUACGUUUAAAAAAAUAAUAAUAAUACUACUACACACUGCAGUAUUUCUGGUGGCAAUUCUUGACCAGUCUCUUCCCCACUUUCCCCAGGAGGAAGGGCACUGGGCAGAAGCGCCCCUAGUCCGUGUAGAAGUUGGCAGAAUGGUGAUCGGUGGUGUGUAAAACGUGUUGUUGAUUCCAUGUAUAGAACUGUGAUUUCAGCUGUCGUUCUCUCGUACUCUGUAAAUAUGUGUUUUGGCUGUCAGAAACCUGGUUUAGACUCUUUUCUUGGCAGAGUGAAUUUGCAUGUGGGGCUGGAAAGAACUCAAUCUGUGUCACAGUUUCCAAGGGCAGGAUGGAUUUUUUUUUAGAGGACAAUAAAUUUUUAUUUUUUUGCUAAGAAAAAAAAAA